AUGGCGCCCUCGAAGUUUGCCGGCUUUCUCCUCCUCCUUUCCAUCAGCGGAGCGGUUCGCGUGAGCGGCACGAGCUUCUUCGAUCAAAACUACCGCAUAAAAUGGGGUUACGAUCACGCCGCGCGUUUCGAUAACGGCCAGGAAGUUCAGCUCUCGAUGGAUGCUUCUUCUGGGUCGGGGUUCGAAUCGAAGAAGAGCUACGGAUUUGGAUUUUUCGACAUGGAGAUAAAGCUACCGGGGACGAAUUCCGCCGGAGUUGUCACCACUUUCUAUCUGAUUUCCCUCGAGGGGGAUAGGCAUGAUGAGAUGGACUUCGAGUUCCUGGGCAACAGGGAAGGCAAACCGAUCACACUGCAGACCAACGUGUACGCAGAUGGAGUUGGCGAUAGGGAGCAAAGGAUUCUUCUCUGGUUCGAUCCGACAGCUGAUUUCCACUCUUACAAGAUCCUCUGGAACGAUCAUCAGAUCGUGUUUUAUGUGGACGACAUCCCCAUAAGAGUCUUCAAGAACAACACGCGGAUCGGAGUGCCCUACCCGGCGCGCCCCAUGCAGAUAGAGGCGAGCCUGUGGAACGGAGACGACUGGGCGACCGACGGCAGCCGGACCAAGAUUGACUGGCGCUACGCGCCGUUCCGAGCCCGUUACCGAGGCUUUGACAUCUCCGGCUGCGAGUCCUGGGGCCACGACGCCCGCGGCUGUGAUUCCCCGGCCUACUGGUGGAACUCGCCGGAACACUGGGCUUUGGACGAAGCGCAAGAGCGGCGGCUCGAGGACGUGAGGAAGAGUUACAUGAACUACGACUACUGCGCCGACAGGUCCCGACACCCCGUGCCGCCACCCGAGUGUCUUUAACAGUUCGGAAGGGAAGGGAGAAACUCCAGAUUGAGAGGCUCUUGUAGCUAAACUGCCGAUACACCAAUCAUCAAUUCAUAGCUCAGCUCUAUUUCAUAAAUCCCGACCACGAGGCUCGUCAGCUCCAGAAUAACCACAGUCACGAGAAAACAAAAUUUAUAUGUUGCUCCUGGAUUAUCGCUAAUAAGACUAUUUACAC